AAUUAAUAAAAAAUUAAUGAGAUUAGGAAUUUAACCACAGCAAGCAAGCUAUGGUCUUCCCAUUUGUCUUAUUCCACUGCCACAUACAUGUAUGUUCACUUUUUUCAGUUCAGUCCUUCCUUUCCUUUCCAUUUAUAAAAACCGACCUAACUGUCAGCCCUAACACUCUGAAAACAUCUUCUCAAAACUACACCCCUCCCCCACCUGUCCUCUCUCUCUUACUCUCUCUCUCUGUCUCGUAUGUGACUCAUCAUGACUCGUCCAACUAAAUUUCUCAACACCGUCAACUCAUCUUCAUCGCCGUCGACUACGGCGGCGCAACCGCCGGAGGCAGUCGCCGUCGAGUCCGACUUCGUAGUCAUCCUCGCCGCCUUGCUCUGCGCCUUAAUUUGCGUCGUCGGCCUCAUCGCCGUAGCCCGCUGCGCAUGGCUCCGCCGCGCCUCCACCGUAUCAUCGAACGCCGCCUCGAACAAAGGCCUGAAGAAGAAGAUCCUCCAGUCGCUGCCGAAGUUCACCUACGACUCCUCCGCCGCCGCCACGAAGCUCGGCGGAGCUGAGUGCGCAAUCUGCCUGGAGAAGUACGCCGACGGCGACGAGAUCCGAGUGCUGCCGCAGUGCGGCCAUGGAUUCCACGUGACCUGCAUCGACACGUGGCUCGGAUCGCACUCGUCGUGCCCGUCGUGUCGCCAGAUCUUCGUCGUGACGAGGUGCCGGAAGUGCGGCGAGGCGGCAGAGGGCGGCGGCGGAGGAGGAGGGAGGUCGGAGGCGGAGCUGAAGGCGAGAGAGGACGCUGUUUCUUCUUCUUCUUCUUCCAGUGGUUUCUUGCCUUUUUGAGAAGAACGGAAGGAAACAUAUAUGAUUUCUUACACUCAGAGAGAGGGAAGAUAGAGAGAUCAUCACUCCUCGGUGCUUGAGAUUUUAAAUCUAAAACAAUUGGUCUAAUAAAAACUAAUUUAUGUAAAUUUUGUAUUGAGGAUUAUAGCUCAUGGUUUUGGUAAUUUUUCAGGAUUAUUUAGUUGUAAA